GCCCUGUUCCGCUAGUGCUGAGAAUUGGUGCCGUAGUACCCAUGUUGGCUGACGUUGUGAGCUGAGACUUGCUGUUGAUUCCUGGACAAGAUGCAUUUAUGAUGAUGGCUUCCUCCUCUUCAACGUUCCACCGCUUCUUUUUGUGUUUUACCUCUUUCUCCCCUCUGUUAAUGCUCGGACGACGACGACGACAACUCGAUAUCUGGAACUGGGCUGGGAAUUGCUAGAGGUUAGCUCAUGCUUGAAAAGCAGCAGUGGUGGAGGAAACCAACUUUUGGGAAGACUGAAGGAGUUUGAGGUGGUUGGUAGCUUGGAGCCGGCAACCUCAAGUUUUCAACACCGAGUUCCGAAGAGCUUCCCCGACGUUUCACAGUUCCGGCUUGUUCAGGGGUGGAGGCAGGACUGGAAAGGUGCCAGCAACAGUGACGAAACGUGCGUGGACGGUACCUAUGGAUGGAUGUCGAACGGGGUCCUCGAAGCCUUUCGAGGUAUGAUGCUGGCCCGGGGCUUGUCUUCAAGCUGUCGCAAAUCCUGUCCCGGUUCUUGGCCCUUAUAUAUGAGGCGGGAAUUCUGGCCGUAAUGGGUUGGUGGUACCAUGGAUGGAAAGGAAAUCCCAACGCAAGGGUGGACUUGAUCUUCCCGUGCUUCUUUCCGCUGGGCGUUGCUGUCAUUGUGAACGCGUAUGAGAUCGUCUCUUUCUCGUGCUUGGACCGGCGACGACCGAUCAAUGUCAUUGCCGUGUGCUUCGACAUCCUGAUUUGCGCUGGUAGCACCUUUUGUUUCCUCCUUCUAGGGCUUAUCGACAACGACCAAGUUCAAGACAGACUUAGAACGGACUCCACGCGAGAACGAUGGAAGAAGGACCAAAGUAAAGCCAUGAUCUUCAUGAUUGUGUUUUGCUUUCUUCAUGCGUUGUUUGUAAUCAUGGCUUCGGUUGGGUGUGUAUACUCGGGAGUGAUGAAGAACAGGGCGCGAAGACAGAGGCGGAUAGUACGAAACCGAGCGCAGAUGGUUCGGUUUGCAGAGGAACGGCGGAGGCGAAUGGAAGUAGAGAAAGCCCAAGUCGAGGCUCCGGUUGAGGACGUCGGACAGAGUGAAGAACGAAUACCCGAAAGAAACCCAAGGGGGACGGAGUCAACGGGGUCAACAGAGCUGGAAGACAACGAACGAAAGACGAGGAAACGGUUCAGUGGAGGAACUGAGGUCAUGUCCUAGCUGGGGCGGUUACGGUACCUUACUUUCUUGGGACCGUUACUUUGGGGGCGUGUAUGGUUGGCCGUCUUCCUUACGUGCCGUCUUUUCUUACGGCACGUUUAUUACCAGAUACCUAUUGUUGGACCUUCCUCGCCUGCCUACAGGCAAGGCUGCUCCGUUUCAAGUUGUACUUUGGGACUUUGCCAAAAAAUCUUGCCCUACUUCCCCGCACAAUCUACUUGACCUUCCC